AUGACUGGCAUGGCGGUGGCGCUGCUCGCCGUGGCCCUCCUACUGCUGGCGACGGGCUGUGCGGGGCGCGACUUCAUCGUCGGCGGCCGCGGCGGGUGGACGGCGAACCCCGCUGAGCCGUUCAACCACUGGGCCGAGCGCAAUCGCUUCCAGGUCAACGACCGCCUCGUGUUUAGGUAUAAAGGGCAAGAGGACUCGGUGCUGGUGGUGAACCAGAGCCACUACGACGCAUGCAACACCAGCGACCCCUUCAUGCGCCUCGGCGGCGGCGAAUCCGGCUUCGUCCUCUCCUACUCCGGCCCUCACUUUUUCAUCAGCGGCGACGCCGGACGCUGCCACGCCGGCGAGCGCCUCAUCGUCGUCGUCCUCGCCGUGCGCGCUACCCCCUCACCUGCUCCUUUAAAACCGUCGCCACCACCCAAGUCAUCCCCCUCGUCGCCACCUCCCGCUCCAGCAGCUGCGGGGAAUUCUUCUACGUCGCCACCUCAGGCGCUGGCGCCGCCGGCUGCGGGGAAUUCUUCCACGUCGCCACCUCCGGCGCCAGCGCCGCCGGCCGCGGGGAAUUCUUCCACUUCGCCGCCUCCGGAACUAGCGCCGCCGCCGGUAACGAAUGGUACGGUGGCACCACCGCCGAGUUCGCCAUCGUCCGCGUCAGCCUUGCGGGGCGGUUUCUUGGCGUGCCUCGUGAUAGCCGGAGCCAUAGUGCUAGCUUGA